CGGCGCUGUCCUGGUGGCGGCGGCGGAUCUGCCCGUCGCCGAAUACAGCCCGCGCUCGGUAAAACAGGCGCUUACCGGGUACGGAGCGGCCGGAAAGGGUUCGGUGGCCGUCAUGGUGGCCCGGCGACUCGGCAUGGCCGACCCGCCGGCCUCGGAGGACGCGUCGGACGCGCUCGCCGUCGCCAUCUGCCAUCUGGACGCCCGGCGGGCCAAGGCCCGUCUGGCCCGUGCCACUCAGGGACGAUCCGGGUGAUCGAGCGCCUUGCCGGCAGGCUCCUGGCGACUGGCGAAGGCCACGUCGUGCUGGACGUCCACGGGAUCGGUUUCAGGCUGCAGGUAUCGACGGGUACCGCGUCGCGCCUUGGAGUUUUGGGAGACGAGAUAUCGCUCACCGUCCGGAUGUUGCUGCAUCGCGAGGAGACCGUUCAGCUCUACGGAUUCCGGGAGACCGAAGAAGCGGCCCUCUUCGACCAGCUCCGGGGAGUCAGUGGGGUGGGCCCUUCCGUGGCCCUGAAUCUCCUGUCGCUGUCCGUUCCGCGGCUGCGCCAGGCCAUCCGGGACAAGGAAGUGAAGAUGCUCCAGGCAGCUCCGGGAGUGGGCGCAAAGCUGGCGCGCCGCCUCAUUACGGAACUUGCGGAGGCGCUGCCGGAGGAGGAAAGCCCGGCGGCGCCGGCGGUCGGGGCGCGGGAUCCGGUGCACGAGGCGUUGGUCACCGCCUUCACCAACCUGCAGUUCACCGACCGGCGCCGCAUCGAUGAAGUCGUGCAAUCCGUCCGGGCCGAAAAGCCCGACGCCGACCUGCAGGAUCUCUUCAAGGCGGCUCUCAGUCGCCUGUCCGCUCGAGGAGCUUGA